CUUCGCCACUGUUGCUGGACACUGUUAGCAAAGAAAAUUUGAAAUUGAACACGUUUGGUUCAGAUAAGUUUAAACCUUUUGAAUGCAGUAAAGUAAAGUUGUAUUUAGAAACCGAAGAUAACGAGAGUGUAGAAAUUACAGCGCUUACUAACCCCGUUAUUUGUUCACCCUUAGGUGCAAAGUUAGAUAUCGUAGAUUUUUCGCAUUUGCAUGGUUUAAGGCUCGCAGAUCGCAAAUUAGGACGUUCUAAUCGCAUAGAUAUUCUCAUUGGCGCUGACAGUUAUUUUGAUUUUGUAUUGGGAGAUGUCUUGAAGGGAGGAUCGGGUCCCACUGCAAUAAGCAGUAAAUUGGGUUGGUUGCUAUCAGGACAAAUCCCAGGCGAAAGUGAGUUUGUCAUCUAAUGUUGUUUCUCAUCUUACCUUAGAAAUGCGAUCAAGUUCUCUAUUCGUAGCUCAGAAUGAGGAAACUAAUGAAAACCCUGCAAAAACCGAGGAAUUGAAGGAAGCUCUAGCAACGUUUUGGAAACACGAAGCUGGGGGCUUAUCACAAAAUGACGGUGAAUCAGAGAAUUCAAGCAAAAAGGUCUUGGAUAUCGAGUUUACUGGUGAAAGGUAUUCGGUUUAUCCCUACAACCUACAAAAGGCAAAAAAUCCCUACUGUAGGUAGAAAUCCCUACGAGUGGCAACCCUGGUGAGAGUUGUCUUUGACGGAAGCGCCUGUUCUAAUGAAAAUUCUCUUUCUUUGAACGAUAGGUUGGAAGUAGGUGAGAAUUUUAUACCACCUUUGUUCGAAACUUUAAUUCGCUUCCGAGUACAUGCUGUUGCCUUAACUGCAGACAUAGAAAAGGCGUUUCUUCAAAUAGAAGUUAAGGAUUCCGACCGAGACGCCCUUAGGUUUUUAUGGUAUGAUGACGUCAAUUCAGCGUCUCCAAAUGUUGUUCAAUUCAGAAUAAAACGCUUUCCGUUCGGUUUAACUUGCUCUCCUGGCAUUUUAGGUGCCACGAUUCGCUAUCAUGUCAAUUUAUUUGCAGAUCAACAUCCUAAAUCGACUAAGGUGUUAAAUCGCUUGUAUUGUGAUGAUUUGUCAUGCGGGGCGGCUUCUAUUGACGAAGCUUUUGAAAUUUAUCAAAAUUGUCAAGCCAUAAUGGAGAAGGGUGGUUUCAAUCUUCGGAAAUGGAACUCUAAUAAGACAGCUCUAUUAGAUAAGAUAAAUCCAGCUGAUAAAUCUCUCUGUGAUAGUACCCCCUCUAACAUCUCUCUACAGGCUCAAGAAGAUGAUCAAUCCUAUAGUAAAUAUAAAGUCGGUAUGCCCUCAAACAGCAACAAAAUUUUAGGCAUAAACUGGGAUACAGACAGCGAUCUAUUGAUAAUUCCUAUUGGCAGUGUCGCUAUUUUCGCAAAAUCUUUACCGCCCACUAAAAGGUCCGUUCUCAAAAUUGCAGCGAAAAUCUUUGAUCCAUUUGGAUGUUACAGCUUGUUUUUUAUUAACAUGAAACUUCUAUUUCAGGAAUUAUGUGAGGCUAAAUUACCUUGGGAUGAGGAACUGCAGGGUUCUUAUAAGACUAAAUUCGAUUCGCUUCUUAAGCAGCUAAAUGAAGUACCUAAUGUAAAACUACCUCGUUUUGUUUUUCAAGAGGGAAAAACGGUUGAGAAAAUUUAAAUUCACGCUUCUCUGAUGCCAGUGAGAAAGCAUACGCUUGCGUUGUCUAUCUUCGCAUUAUGUACACCUCGGGGGAAGUAGAUGUAAAAUUCAUUGCGUCAAAGGCCAAGGUAGCACCUUUGAAAAGGCAGACAAUACCUAGGUUAGAACUUCUAGGAGCUUGCUUAAUGUCUCAGUUAGUAGAAACGAUAAGAACCACACUAGAGGAUGAGUUAGGUCACUCACGUAUUCAAUCAUUUUAUUGGGUAGACUCGGUUGCGGUUCUUUGCUGGAUAAAAAACGAUCGAGCUUGGAAGCCUUAUGUCCAUAAUAGAGUAAGAAAAAUUAUUCAGGUCUCGCAAAGGGAAGAAUGGCAUUAUUGUCCAGGUUCACUAAAUCCUGCCGACCUACCCUCUAGGGGUAAAAAUCUAAGUAAGGUAUCCAGUGCUAACUUAUGGUUAAAGGGCCCGCCGUUUUUACAUCUUCCUCCCCAGGAAUGGCCCGCACAAGCAUUUACCAAGUCCUCCUCUUCUGCCGCUGCGGAGGAGAGAGGGUCAAAACAAUCAGAAGUCACUCACGUAAAUUUAAGUACUGAGGGCCAACAAACGUCAAGUGUUCUCAAUAUAAUAGACAUAAACAGGUUUAGCAGUAAAGGUAGGCUGUUGCGUUCUCUAGCUUGGGUGCAUAGAUUUUUGAACAAUUUACGAUCGUCCGUUCGCAAGGAAAAUUUGGUACUAGAUCAAUGGGUUACAGCAGAUGAGAUCAGUCAAGCAGAAAUUGUAUUAAUAAAGGGAAUUCAACAGCAGUCGUUUAACUCGGAGAUAGAAUUUGUUAUAGGAAAAUCGAAAAGUAAGCAGGUACCACCCCUGGUAAACCAAUUUAAUUUGUUCACUGAUGAACAAGGAUUAUUGAGGUGUAAGUCAAGACUUCUGCAUGCAAGCGUUGUCAAUGAAAGUAAAACGCCAAUAUUGUUACCGUCGAAAAGUUAUUAUUCGGAACUUGUCAUUGCUGAGGCACACAGUAAGGUGUUCCACGAUGGAAUAUCAGAAACGUUAAACUGCGCUCGUCAGAAAUACUGGAUACUCAGGGGUCGAGAAAUGGCAAAAAAGCAUAUUAGGAGAUGUGGCAAGUGUAAGUGGUUUGAAGGGCCAACUUUUAAAUUUAAUGUCACCCCCGACUUGCCAAAAAUACGGGUAGAUGAUUCACCCCCGUUUAGCAAUGUGGGAGUAGAUUUUGCCGGCCCUUUGAUGAAUAAGGGUAUUUAUACUAAAGGGAAAACAGAUAAUAAGAGCUAUGUUUGUUUGUUUACGUGUGCUGCAACUCGUGCAGUCCAUUUAGAGCUCGUGGAAGCCCUAGAUGUCGACUCGUUCAUUCGCUCCUUCCGCAGAUUCACUGCUCGCAGAGGUUUACCAACAAGGAUCAUAUCCGAUAAUGCUAAGACAUUCAAAACAAUGUCCAAAGAAAUUAAACAAUUAAUUCGAAGUCCUAAGUUGAGCAGCUACUUAGAAACCCGGGGAGUAAAAUGGGAUUUUAUCCUAGAUCGAUCCCCCUGGCAGGGAGGAAUGUGGGAGCGGUUGGUAAGAAGUGUUAAGCGCUGCUUGAAGAAGGUUAUAGGGCGUGCUAGUUUAUGUUUCCAGGAACUAAGCACGUUACUUACAGAAGUAGAAGCAGUUGUUAAUGCUAGGCCUAUAACAUAUCUACAUGAUGACAGUGAAGGUAUUUCAUACCCCCUUACUCCAUCUCAGCUCAUUAAUGGACGCAAUCUUUUGCAGGGUCCAAACGAGAGGUAUUUUGAAAUAGUGAAUACGUACGCCGCUUUGUCAAAGCGCGCGAAAUACCAACGCAAAUUACUCGAACAAUUUUCAGAACGUUGGCGAAAGGACUAUCUGUUAAAUCUCAUGGAAGCCUAUAAACCAAAACAGGUUCACGAUAAACCAUCAAUUGCAGUAGGCGAUAUAGUAAUAUUAAAGAAUGAUUUCUGUAAAAGAGCAUUUUGGAAAUUAUGCAGAGUUGUUGAGUUUUUUGUAGGUGCUGACGGAAAUAUUAGAGGAGCAAAGGUUCAAGUGGCAUCAACUAAUGGUAAGAAAAUUCUUAACAGACCUUUGCAACAUUUGAUUCCAUUAGAGGUUAACGCGAAUACACAAAGUAUAGGUACUGUAGAGGCGCCGCAUGCGCAAGCAGACCCUACUAACGAGCCGCUAACAAGUAAUGCUAAGGGUAGACCUAAGAGAAAUGCUGCUAUAAUAGGUGAAUUAAUUCGUAGAGACACAAACGUACAUUAGCUCAAGCUACAUUUAUCAAAGUAUCAUUGUUAUGUUGUUUUUUGAAUCUUCUUAUAGUUAAUGAUUAGAACUCAUUCGUAUAAUCGUGUAGUAAUGGUUGAUCGCUAGACGAUCAACGGGGGGAGUGUAUUGCGAAGGAGACAGAAAACCUCCAUUCUGGUCCAGGGCUCCGGGACACAUGGUGAGAAGGUCUUACCAUAUUUGGCAUUUCCGGCAUCUCUUCGCAUUACGCCCUCCCGUCGCCAGUAUUGAUUAGAAUUAGAUGCACGAGGCAUGGAGAGAGGUUCGCUCUCUUGAGUAUAAAUAAUCAGUAUAAUCAUAUAUAUAUAUCUUCUUGUUAGAAAGCAUGUGUCUCUCUGUGGUACACACCUAUGUUCCGCCCAAGUCACAACAGACCCAGAACACUGCUCGAUAAGGAUAAGCUUCUCAAUGUCCUAAAAACUACCUUCGGAUGCUAGGUAGAAACAAAUACAAAUACAAAAAAUUCAAAACAAAUUUAAUAUUGCAAAGGAAAUCUGAAAAAUAGCAUACUGAAGUACUCUUCGUUCGACACUGCUCACGCUGGAUAAUGACACGAGGAAACAUAAAUUUUUAUCCAGAUGCGGAUCGAAAGUAGCAUGAGAUUAAGAAUGGCCCGCUGGAUUGGUUCGUUGCUUUUGACUUGAUCUAGUUUUCGAUCCACUUCUCGAUAGAAUGUUUCCCUUGUGUUACCUCCCGAUAUUCAUACUCUGUGGAGUGUCGGACAAAAAAAAUUUUCGUACGCUUUUUCUUCUUUUCUGUGCCAUUAUCAAGUUAUGAAAUGGACGAUUUUUUAAACGAAGGCUUUAGCUUGUGUUAUAAAUAUGUACGUAUUAGAAAAGUUUGCAUAGGUUAUUAGAAAAAAGGUUAAAAAUUACGAAAAAAGGAAAGCCGUAGCCUUCAUUAAAAAUUGAACCAAGAAUAAUUUCAAAAUAAUCUCUUUAUAUUUGUCUCCACCAGUCAAUUGGCUGAUGACGUCAAUAGUAUAAUUUAAGAUAAGGUUAAAUUGAAGUUAACAUAGUUGCAGUAAAUAAAAUCGCGCUUU